AUGGAGGGCCAGGAACCGAGAUGGUACUGCAAGCCAGCUGAAAACUCCGCUUCGACGGGCACCGGCGGAUUGACUUGGUGGGCUUCUUCGCAAUCGAGCGCGCCGACUGUCGACCGGUCUCGGAUCGACUGCAUGCAGCAGAGCCCCUCGACCAGUCAUCGAGUGCGCCUGGUGCCCCCUGAUACGUCGGGGGAUUGGAUGGCACAACACUGGUACGGACAUGCUGCAAGUCUUGGCAUCCCGUACACCCACGUCGCGCACCAGCCGUCGCUGCCAAAGCCCACGGGCGACUCGGACGCCAGCACCACCGCCCCACUUGAGGACCACCGCUACCAGCACCGGCCCGAGCCUCAGCCCCAGCGCGAGGCGCACUCCACCUUCCCGACCUCAAACACGACUCCCGCGACCACCGCGACCACGACGGACAGACAGGGCAAUGGGUCCACACAUCGUCAGACGAAUGAAGCCACAAGGGCCGCACCGUAUGCUUCUCCAAAGGACAUGACGAGCUUCAUACCUGCCCGCUCCGGUUGGAGCUCGAACGCGGCCGCCGCCCCACCUUCUCAGCCGGUGGAAGCUCUCACUUGGCGGCCCUCCAACACCCAGUCUAGGCCUCUUACCUCCAACACAGCUCGCUCUCCUGAGCCAACCCAACCUCGGCCUCAGUCUCGAUCUCGAUCACAAUCACUAAGACAAACACCCCAGGUAGGCGCAUACGAUCAUCCCGAGUCGCCGAGGCUCUGGACGCUGGAGCGAUUGGCCUCGACACAUGAAGCCCACCUCGACCGCAUUCGAGUGUUGAGCUCGGCCCUGGGAUUCCGUCAGUACUACUACUCUCUCAAUCGAAACUAGAACACCUUGAUCCAACCACUAAUAUCAAUCUGUCGCAUUCUGUACCUUCCACAGAUAUUCGAGCCCACCUUGACCCCAGCAUCGAGUUAGCGUUCAAGCUCAAGGGGGUCAUCAUUCGAGUAGGCGACCUGGCCUCUUUACCGUGGAAUCACAAGGUCGAAGGCGUCCUUGCAACAACAUAUGUCGCUAGUGAGUGGCUGCUCCCAUUGAUUAGCAGAUAGAUAUGUACACACAGAGACACUGACUCACUCUGAUUCUUCGACCCAUGCCGGCAGUUUACGGAGCGUGGGCAGAUUACUGCGCGCAACAGGGCAUAUUCGAGCUACCCAUUCUUGGUUCGCUGGCAGCUUGCUGGAUCCACUCUCUGGCCCCAGACCAACGGGUUUCGGCCACGAUCGUGCUGGAAGUGAUUCGAUUCGUCACAAAUUCGGUGUUUCGAGGAUUCGAGAGGAUGGUGCUUCCCUCCGUCUCGCGGGACGCCACGGAAUGGGGGUGGUGGGAUCAGGUGAGGGAAGAGUGCGCAUGGAGCUUGUGGAGCUGGCACGCUGUCCGGCAAGCGCUGUCGGGCUCGGUGACCCCGUACCAGUACGAGAUUUUGGACCAGCAAAGUAUGGCCAAGGAGAGGAAGAUGGCCGAGGAAAUCAAGAUUCACCGCGAGCUGGCCGUCACGAGGACGCCACCUAUUUAUGGCCCACCUUGGGCCCCGCCCGGAGUAACUCUACAGCCUUCGCCAACGAAUUGUGUGAUCUCUGCCGGUGGUGCUACCUCAAGCAUUGUCGUGAACACCGCAACAGCGACAAGCCGAAAUGGAUCCGCACACUCCCUUUCCCAAGAAGCUCGAAGUCAACAGCGGGCGGAGGGUUCGACACCAUCCGUGCGCCGUGCGAGUGCCCAGCACCGCCCAUCCCAGCCUUCACAGGGCCUGCCUCCCGCCCAUCCCAUCACGGCCGCUCGUCAACCUUCGGCCGCUCCGGCUCGCACCGAGCUCAGACCUGCACCUGCAACCCACGUCGCUACCGCUCAACUUGCCUCGACCAACCCGGGGAGAAACGUCAAUCGGAUAUCCAAUCGACAACCUCCGGCCCCAUUCCUUGCCAAGCCGAUCAGCCCGGCGGCAGAGUCGAACACAACUUCGCACGAUCCCAACGACCUCUACAGUGACCUCACUCCGGCUGCGUUCAAACAAGAGAGCGCAGUCUUUGAGAGGGCAAGCAGAAUUCAGAAGCUCAUCAAUGCGCAUCAACUGAAACGGGGUCAAACUCCGACUCCGUUCGAGCCGAUCCAAAUGCCACAAAAAAGGAAGCGGCUGAAUGCACGCGUCUCUGCUGCCGUUGGGGAAGCUGCGGAGAAGCAGAGGCUCGCUGGACCGACACAAUUCAUUGGUGUCAAUGGGAAAGGAGGGGUAACUCACAGUCAAAGUAUUCCGCGUACCUAUCCAAUGCCACCCUCGGUCCCACAAGCUCGGCCCGUUGUCUCUACAAAAGUUCAAGUCAAAUCUGCUCCGGCUGCACCCCAACGGUCUUCCGGCGGACCUAAACCGCGAUACAUUCCACCCGACAAACCAACCCAGCCUUUCCUACCUCCAAGGAUGUAUGUGCCUGCCCCACCUUUGUACCCUCUACCCCGCAGAGUCCCACCACCACCCAUGGAACACGCUUUCCACGACUACACCCCGUCGUGUCAGCCCCUCGAUUGCCACCUCAGCCUGCCCGCACGCGUCGAGCUUUCAGAACUCGAUCGUAUCUUUCUCCACCCCGCUCCCCGCCUUCCUACGGCAUCUCCGACGGAACCAAGUACUCUAGGGCCAGCAAACACGUUUGCCUCCCCACUUCACGGCCUCCCGGACGCAGCUCCAUUCGUUGCACAAACGACCACAACGAUCGUUCACAACUGGGGGAAUCGAGCCUCGCAAUUCCAAAGGUAUCAAGCGUCUAAUCCCAGUCUGGACCAUAACACCAUUAACGACGCAAUGCUGCUCCAGGCCGAGUCCCUCACUCGUGUGGGGAAAGCACUGAUGGACUUACCUCAUGUGGAACGGCCGGCGCGGACCGUCGACCUGGGCAGACUAUCGAUGGGCGCAAAGACGCAGUUGUUCCAACUCUUCGCAUUAAGGGCAUUGUCUGCAGAACGGAGCGGCGAGAUUCCACCCAUCAAGACGAGGAACAGCAAGAGUAAGGGAUCAAGAUUCGAAGACCCCGCCACUACGGGAUCGGUCUCACCGGUCAACGCCCCUCCUGUUCACUUUUCUAUAGGACUACCAGACCUCUGGGGGGACUUGUCUGGGCGUUCACAAGGGCAACCUACGACAGUAGAGCAGCCGUUGCCUGGACCCGAAACGUCUGCGAGCAGCAAGUCGCGGCUCAACACUCCUCAAGCGCAGACGUCAUUGGCGCCUGUAACGGGCUCUACCACUCCGUUGGUUGUGAGUGGUCAAGCUAGUGCGAAUACUUUCUCUACGGGCUUGGCUGACCAGCUCUUGGUUUCCACAGGUGCAACAAUUGAUAACACGAGGCGAAAGUCUUCCAGCAUUCGCGCGGAGCAAACCGGCCAAAUCACCCUCGACGACCCAGCCCGCCUCCGCGAGUACCGCUCCGGGUCUUGCCCGCUCUGCGUCUAAUGGGCUCGUCCGUAACACUUCGGGCAAAGGUGUGCACCCACUUUUGCACUUCUACUCUUGUGUCGCGCCAGCCCAGCGUCAAGUUGCGCGUAUGCUCGCCCAGUCACCUCGGAGCGCUCGACCUGUGUCACUGCCCAUAUCCCAUGCCACUGAGGGCUCAGGGCCAGCCCUGCCAAGUCCUGCCUUGAGUCUUGUUCUCCCAAGCCUAGGAGUAGACCUUUCGGAGAACCACUCCAGUGUCGCACCGUCUGCGGAUAGUGGGACUUCUUCAUCGACCUCGUCAACCUCGAUAAUUUCGCCUUCGCCCGCUCUCGACUCGAACAAUUUUCCGCCCGCCCCCCCUGCUAUCCAGAAGAAAGUCGAUGCAAAGUUGCUGGAGUUCGAUCGCAUGGUUGCAAGUGGGGAAAUGGCAGGUCGGGUGAGGGACGAGCAUGCGAAGGGCUUGAAGGAAAUCAUAUUUCAGUACGUUCAAUGGGCUCUUGCUUAGCCUGCUGUUUCGUCUCAAAGCUGACUACUCGACUGGCGGUUUUGUUUCUCAGAGCUAGGAUCGUCGAACAGCGUAAACUGGACCUCGCCCAACGUGCAGUUGCCAAGGCUGCCGCAGCAGCUCAGACGAGUGCAAUGCUCGUGGCACCUGCUUCGCAGCUAGAGUCUGCCUUCGAUGGCGAUGCCGCAGGCGGAACUUCGAAUGCACUUGGCCUUUCUGCCUCUGCCCCUUCAACGUCCUUUUCAACGUCAGGUCACAUCGCGUUUGCUGCUCAACCAUCAGGGCCAGAGCCAGUCCUAGCACCCACCGGCGUGGGCGAGGAAGUAGCUCCGCCCUCACUCGGUGUCAAGCAACUCGCAAUUUCGGAUAAAGGCCCUUCAUCUGAUCCAGUUCUAUCGAGCGAUCCAGUUGAGCCAUCCCUCCCCCUCAAUCCCAUCCCUGUCUCCGAGCGACUGCCGCCGACCAACUCCGAAAUCAGUGUCGAUCAAACGGUGGCCGGCGCUCUCACGGCGGCGGAAUCUCCUCCGAAAAACGAUGACGGCGAGGAAAUAGACCAACUUGCCUCGGACCGCGAACUCGACCAUCCUUCAGCGCAGACACCUUACUCACCCGCACUGGGCGCGCCACCCGAGCAUGAUCAACGCUCGUCUCGAGACCCACCUCCUCCCCCGCCUUCUUCAGAAUUCGAAAAGCGGGCACCAAUCUCGCUCGAACGGCGCGAUUCAACGCCUGACGUACCGCUCUCCCGCAUCGCGACUUUGGAGAAACGAAGAGAGUCGGCACCACUGAGAUCCUCUGUCGAGUCCGAGAUCCCUCGUCCAUUCAUCAUCGCAAACCAACCCUUCAAGCCAUUUGGCUCUCUGGACUGA